AUGGACGAGCGGACCCGGGCGAGUGCCGGUCCGCCGUUGGGUGGUAUCACCCCGGCGUCGUGGACUCGCGAAUUUCGCGAACUUUUGGCCGCCGUGGAGGUGCCGCGUCCAGAGGAGUGGUACGGCCAUGACAUCCAGCGUGGCGCCGCCAGGGAUGAUAUUGCAACGUCCGGCGUUGAGGCCAUGCUGUCGCGUGGUGGGUGGCGCUCCCUCGCUUCCGCGUGGCCGCAUGUGUCGGGCGACGAGGUGGCAGCGGGCCUGCUCGCGCAGGGCGUGAUUGACGACAGCGGCCCAGAGAAUUAG